AUGUCGAGCAGGACGUCCAAGGUGCUCGACCCUCCUGGCUUCAAAGCGCUGCAGAGCACCCAAGGCAAUUCGAAGCGCACAAGCAAGGCUCCUGUCAGGUCAGUGCCCUCGGCGGCGGACGUGGAAGCCCUCAAAUCGAAGCGGGCGUGGGACGUGGCAAUCGCACCGGCCAAGUCGUUGCCCAUGAACGGCUUUAUGCUGUACAUGUCUGGAUCAGGCGUUCAGAUCUUCAGCAUGAUGGCCGUCGGUAUGCUCCUCACCGGUCCCAUCAAGGGCAUUGUUUCGAUUCAGCAGUCUUUUGCGCCAUUCUCAACUCCAGGAAAGGCAACAGCACUCAUCCCGCAGCAGGUCACAUUCGUCGCUUGCCAACUCAUGUUGAUGGCGCUCGGCAUCUACAAGUGCUGGAGCAUGGGCCUCCUCCCGACCGAGAGUAGCGACUGGCUCGCAUGGAGACAGCCGAGAGUGCCAUUAGAAUUUUCGCCGUUGUACCCUUGA